GACUUGAAACAUGAUAUCCUAGACCGGGCAUUGUCAUGGCCGCAGCUCUACUUUGCUUUUAAAUUUAUAAAAAAAACUUCAGUCUUCCGCUGGGCACCAUUGACGCACGUAUGAAGGACAAACCAUCUGUUUCACUAACGACGAGUGCACAUGUCACGUUUCCCUCCUUAUCCCUCUUUUGGUUCCAAACAGAGUCCAAUGGCGCGCUCCACGGUGUGGUGCCGAAAUGACGUCAGAGAGCACAGUCUGUGAUAUUAUAACGCAAGUCUUUGCCGGAACAGUGAAAAAGGGUUCGAUUUCAGACAGACCUUCUUUGAAAGUUUCAACUUUGUGAACUUAAAUAGUAUGAAUACAGCCAUGAGCCGGCAUUUGAGUAGAACAAAUUUAAAGAUGGCGUCCUGCGUGAUACGGCCCCACGUGAGAAGGAUUCCUUUUCUCGGUCACCGAUUCACAGUGGUCAGACCAGCCCGCGGCAUGACCUCUGGCACCGGAACCAGGGAGAAGGACAGGAGGGAAGAGAACAACAACGACGACGACGGCCACCACUUGAUGACCAUCUUCGAGGUGCGCGAACACCUGAUGAACAUGGUGGGCUGGCGCAGAGAGUGGGCGUCGGGGGAGGAGGACAAGCCGUCUGUCAGAGACACGUCGUCUCUCCUACAGCACAUAGCUCGGAGCCAGGACGAACUGCCCAAACGUAGACCCCGGGACAGCUUCUCUCGCGCCGUCAUCCCGCUAGGCCGCGACCCUUCCAGUAGAGAGUUCUAUCUCUUCUUCAACAGAGGUCUCCGCUUCGGAAGGCUGCUGGAGAACUUCGACACAUUCGCCGGCCUCAUCUGUUACAAACACAACAUGAAACCGGAGCUGGGGCCCCACCAGAAGUCGCCGUUCGCCUUCGUGACGGCCAUGGUGGACCGGAUCGUGUUGUCCCCCGCCGGGCCCGCCCCGUCCCCCUACAAAGACAUCCUGAUGAGUGGCCAGGUCACGUGGGUGGGCCGCUCCUCCAUGGAGUGCACGAUGCACAUGGACCAGGAGCACGGCGGGGAGCUCCAGCGGCUCAUCACCGCCACCUACCUCUUCGUCGCCCGGACCCCCAAGACGGACGAGGCCGCGGUGGUCAAUCCGCUCGACCCACAAACGCCGGAAGAACGCCAGAUGUUUGAGAAAGGGGAGCUAAAAAAGAGGUCGAGACAACUGGCUUCCCAGACCUCCCUCCUGAAGAACCCGCCCACAGAGGACGAGCGGCUGAUCCUACACGACAUAUUUCUCUCCACCAUCGACCUCUCGUCUGGCAGCUUCAAAACGAGAAUCCGGCCCGAGAAUACGAUAUGGAUGGACGAAACGAAACUCAAAUCUCUCACCGUCUGCCAUCCGGAGAAAAGAAAUCUUUACAACAAAAUCUUCGGGGGGUUCCUCAUGCGCAAAGCGUACGAGCUGGCCUGGACCAACGUGUACUUCUUUGCCAAAACCUGCCCGCCUAUGUGCACGCGGGUGGACGACAUCGUGUUUCUAAAACCCGUGGAAAUCGGGGACUUCCUCUUCCUCUCCUCCCAGGUGGUGUUCACGCGAGAGUCCAGCGUGCAGAUGUACGUCCACGCCGAGGUGGUCAGGCCGGGGGAUUCUGGAAGCAGGCACACCACCAACAACUUCCGGUUCACGUUCGACAUGGGCUUCACAGACGUCCCCCGCGUGCUGCCCAAGACGUACGCUGAGUCUAUGCUGUACUUGGACGGCAGGAGGCACCUCGACACUUGAGGGGGGAGUGGAGGGGAGUGGAGGGGAGUGGAGGGGAGUGGA